AUGUCGCUUUGUGUCAAUCGGCUACAAGAAGAAAGGAAGCAAUGGCGUAAGGACCAUCCGUUCGGAUUCUUCGCCAAGCCUGCGAAGAGUCCAAACGGCGGACUCGACCUCAUGAAGUGGAGCUGUGGUGUCCCUGGAAAGGAGAAGACUAUAUGGGAAGGAGGACUUUUCAAGCUUGACAUGAUAUUCCCGGAAGAAUAUCCUACUAAGCCACCAAAGUGUAAAUUCGUUCCUCCACUUUUUCACCCAAACGUCUAUCCCUCAGGCACUGUGUGCCUGAGCAUACUUAACGAGGAAGAAGGCUGGAAGCCUGCCAUCACCAUCAAACAAAUUCUCCUCGGUAUUCAAGACCUUCUCGAUGAUCCAAAUCCCGAAUCCCCAGCUCAGGCAGACGCCUAUAAUCUUUUUAGGAAAGAUAGAGCUGCUUACGAUAAGAAAAUCAAGUAUAUUGUUAGGGAAAACCCAGCACCAUAG